GAAAUUAAAAGUGUGUUUCUCCUAUCAAUAACGUUAUCGCAUCUCAGCGGCAUGAAAGUGUUUUUCAGCUGAUUAUCUGGAGAGAAAAUCCGCAGAACGGCUUCCUUCAUCCAUGGCAACAUAAGCUAGCUGCUUUGCACCACAUGCUAUAUGUUACCCUGCAGCAUCAUGGGAUGUUGUCUUGUGCCUAAUAGGUAAUGUUUUAUAUGGAGGAGCUGCAGUUUUUUUUACAUUAUACUGACUAAUUAGACUACAAGCUGACCCGUAUACCCAUACACUUUCCAUACUGGAGAAAAUUAAAUUACAUACUUAAAUAGCUAGUGGGUUUGGACAAUUAAUAGGACUUCAUAAAAAAAUCUUCCUGCAGUCACUUUAGUUGAACAAACAGAUGAUGAGAGGUGAAAAUUAAAGUGACUGAGAGUGAAAAUAAAGGAGGGUGGGGUUGGUUGUAUCACUCAAUAGAUUAAUCAUGCAUGCCUGAUUAUUUGGCCACCAGCUUGUAUACAGGGGGAAGAGAGGGCUGCCUCUCUGUGUUUCCUCUCAGCUAUGGGUUCUUCUGGGAGACGGAUGCUCUUGACCCUGUGUGUGUGUCUCACCGCUCUGGAGAAUGCUGCACUCCGGGUAACCAUGAGGGAAUCCAACCUCAACGUGGUUCAAGGGGAUUUUGUCAUCCUGCCCUGCUCCUUCUUCACCUCCAGCCCCCUCUCCAGACUCAACGUCAUCUGGACUCUGGCUCCCUUCUCAAGUCCAGAAAUCCCAAUACAGGUGAUUGUGUAUGACCAUGGACAGGUGAUUGAAGACCCAGCUCUCAUUGGCAGGGUGGGUUUUACAGGUAUUCCAUGGAGUGCAGACAUCGUCCUGAAUGACACACGUGUGUCAGAUGCUGGUAUUUACCGCUGCAUGGUUAAUAACCCACCAGAGACGGCAGAUCCUGGCAUUGGAGAACUGGAGCUCAGUGUCCUGGCACCACCCUCGCUGCCUGUGUGCCAGUGGGAUGGAGAUAUUGAUAUGGGAGGAAGUGUCACGCUGUCUUGCUCAGUAGCGGAGGGUGUCCCCACUCCGGAGAUCCGUUGGGAUAAACUGAAUCCAGAGGAAAUUGCACUUCCCAUCAACAUGGAGGGGCAUCUGUCAGGCUCCGUCCAAAUUGUCAAUGUGUCAUCUCAGACAUCUGGCCUGUAUCGCUGCUCUGCCGCUAACCUCCUAGGAAAAGAGAACUGCUAUGUCAACCUGUCCAUCUACAGCGCCCCAGACAGGUCCUCGGGCAUACUGCAGGGUGUGCUGCUGACCUUGUCCAUGAGUCUGGUGCUGCUGGCACUGCUGGCACUCGUGCUGUGGCUCCAUCGCACGGGACAGGAUGGGAGGUGGAGGGAGGGGAAAGAGGAGGAGGAGUGUUACAAUGAGAUCCGGUAUACUCCGUCUCUGAUGAAGCGCUCCUUUGUUUGAUUUUUCAACAUCCACAGGAAAAGAAAAAAAAAAAGAAAAGCUCCAACCCCGGUAUCAAACAAAAGACUGGAUUUUUAUGUCUAGACAGCCUCCCUGUAUACUACUGUAUCUCUGUACAGCAUCAUACGUUUUGAAAUAAAUGCCCAUGUUUUCAGUA